UCAUGUUCUCUAUCAUAUUUUUAUCACGAUUGUAUUCCAUUCCAAUACAAGAUUAUUGUAUUAAUAAAUAUUUUAUUUUAUUUUUAGCAUUUUGCGCUAUUUACUAUGGAUAAACAUAACAGUUCUGAGAUAUUAAAUUCGGACUACUCACUUUCCAAAAAUGCCAGUUCCGACUCACUGGAUUCAGACUCUAAAUCGAGUUCAUUGAAUUCUAAACACGGACAAGACUCCCCUCAUGUGUUGGGAGACAUUCAAUUUCUGGAUAGCGAGAAAUCAAAGAGAUUGGCUCAGGAUGUUACAUAUUUGUGUCCAUUUAAUGGACCAAUAAGAGGUGUGCUACAAAUCACCAAUUAUCAGUUGCAUUUUAGACCAAUUGAACCUUCUGCAUUACACAGCACAUUGAGUGUUCCGCUUGGUGUUAUAUCUCGUAUUGAAAAGGUUGGUGGUGCCACAUCUAAAGGAGAAAACUCAUACGGCAUUGAAAUAUUUUGCAAGGAUAUGAGAAAUUUGCGGUUCGCCCACAAGCAAGAAAACCACUCGAGGCGCGGCAUAUUCACCUAUCUGCAGCAACUAGCAUUCCCUCUGUCUCAUGGUUUACCACUUUUUGCAUUUAGUUAUUCAGAGACGUUCCCAGAAGACGGUUGGCAUGUUUAUGACCCUAUCGCUGAACUACGACGAAUGGGUGUAAACAAUGAUAUGUGGCGUAUAACUCGUAUAAACGAUAAGUAUGAGGUGUGCGACAGUUAUCCAGCCGUGUGGGCGGUACCCACAGCGGCCACCGACGAUUUGCUACGGUCCGUGGCUGCGUUUCGCUCCAGGGGACGGAUCCCUGUGCUGUCCUGGAUACAUCCCAGUUCGCAGGCUACCAUCACUCGGUGUAGCCAGCCUUUAGUUGGGGUGAGCGGCAAACGAAGUCGUGAAGAUGAGCGCUAUGUGCAACUUAUUAUGGAUGCGAAUGCACAAGGGAACAAAUUGUACAUAAUGGACGCGAGACCAAGUGCUAACGCCAUCGCGAACAAAGCCAAAGGUGGAGGUUACGAGUCAGAAGACGCAUAUCAAACCGCUGAGCUGGUGUUCUUGGACAUCCACAAUAUUCACGUUAUGAGAGAGAGUUUACGGAAAUUGAAAGAGUUGUGUUUCCCUCAGAUCGAUCAGACUAGAUGGUUCAGUGGAAUUGAAGCAAGUUGUUGGCUAAAACACAUCAAAUGCAUAUUAGCGGGAGCUGUUCGCAUAGUAGAUAAGGUGGAAAAUCACAAAACAUCAGUAUUGGUGCACUGUUCAGACGGUUGGGAUCGCACUGCUCAGCUCACCGCCCUCGCUAUGCUCAUGCUGGACCCCUACUACCGCACGCUCAGAGGCUUCGAAGUACUUAUCGAGAAAGAGUGGCUGUCGUUUGGACACAAAUUCCAACUGCGUAUAGGUCACGGCGACGAGCGUCACUCCGACGCGGACCGCUCCCCCGUCUUCGUCCAGUGGGUGGACUGUGUGUGGCAACUGCAACAACAGUUCCCAACUGCUUUCGAGUUCACCGAGCGGCUGCUCAUCACCAUCGUCGACCAUUUAUAUUCCUGUCGGUUCGGCACAUUUCUCUUCAAUACCGAACGGGAGAGGGUGAAGGAAGAGGUGAAAACAAAGACUGUAUCACUAUGGUCAUACAUAAACAGCAACCAGGAUUUAUAUCUGAAUCCGUUGUACUGGGGUCCUUCUACAUUCGGUGCUGGUUCACCACCUUCACCUUAUUCCCGGCCGCAGAUUGUGCUAGUGCCUGUAGCUUCGCUGCGGGUCAUCAAGUUGUGGAAAGCGCUUUAUUGCAGAUGGAAUCCUACAAUGAGGCAACAGGAUCCAAUAUACCAACGCACUCGCGAGCUGGUGGCGCUACGAGCGCAGCUAGAAGCAGCUGCAGCGGCUGCUGCUGGUGACCAUGCGGCGCGUCAACAGCGACUGGGGCUCACUCCGCCGCGAGUCGCCAGUCCACACCACGUCUGAACUGUAUAAGUAACGGGUAUAGUCAGAGUAAUUGUUUAGCUCGGGCCAUAACUGCAAAUGUCUUUGUGACUAGAACUACGUUUAUAUGUUGUCAGUGCUAGUGCGGUAAAGUCCUCUUCCAAUAUAUUUUAUAUUGUAAAUUUAAAUGAAGAUAAACAUUGGAAUUAGGGUAUCUAAUUAAUUUUUCCAAGGAAUUUUAAAUAUUAUGACUAGCAUAUGAAAUGAAUGUGAUCACGAGAAACGAUUAUAAAAUAAAUCUUAUUAAUUUGUAUGUAGAAGCGAUACCAAAAAAGUAUUUGAGUGCGAUUUUAAUAUUAUAUGACUUGUACAGUAAAAAUUUUACCUACAAAAACAUUUACUGCGCAUAUUUCAUUAUAUGUUCUUGAAAAAGUGGCGGCAAUGGGAGUUAUUAGGCAGUUCAUACUUCCGAAUAUUACUGUAUCAAAAUGAUAGCACAACGUAGCAGUAUUGUUUCUUUAAACACAUUAGCUGACCCGGAAAAUGUUGUUUUGCCCACUACCGCCACCUACUGGUAAUUUUUUCUUAUUUUGAUAAAAGCAAUCCAAUCUCUCAAGUUGAAGCAAACUAUACAAAAUUUACAAAACUCAAUUAAAAUCGGUUGAACAAUAAUAACAUUCGAAAAUUAGCGUGAACGAACGUCGUGACACGGGAUUUUAACAUAUUAAGAUAUUUUAAACCUACUUGAAAAAGGUCUAUAUAAGAUUAGGUUCUUAAUUCAAUUGUUAUUAUUAAACUAAAGUUUCAUCCCAAUCAUUUGGACGAGUGGCGGUCUUCCACCGUGCGUUUUUCAAGACACUUUCUUCUCCGCACAACCACUGUUUGGAAUCGACUUCCAGCUGCAGUAUUUCCGAACCGACACGACAACAUAACCUUCCAGAAAAGAGUAUAUUCCUUUUUAAAAGGCCGGCAGCACACUUGCAAUGCCGUUGGUAUUGCAAGUGUGACCAUGGGCGGCGGUAGUCACUUACCAUCAGGUGAGCUGCAUGCUCGUUUGUCCCCUGUGUUGUAAAAAAAAAUUUUUUUUUGUGUAAGCCCGUGUUCCGUACUUACUAUUUUGAUAAAAUAUAAAGUCCAUAUCUCUUCAAACGUAAUUGUUAUUAUAGUUUUCAAAUGCCCUAUUAUAACCUCAUGUAUACCUGUAGUGUGGAAAAAUCGUUCACAAAUUUAUAGGCAUGUAGAUUAUCUAAUAUCUUAUGAAUGAUAAUCCUUUGGAUGAUUAAAUUAAUUAAUAGUUAGUGAAAAUGGCAUUAUAUUUAUAAGUGAAUUGUGUAACUGAGAAACAUAAAUUCAACUUGGUAAUUAUUUGUAGUGUUAAUUGAAAUCAUUGUUUUGUAUAAUAAAUUGAAUAAUAGGAGUACCUAAUGUGUCCUGGUAAAUUCUGUACUGUAAAAUGCAAUUUCCACCUGUUUGUAUUAAUAUUUGGAUAUGCUAUUACUUGCCAAAUUAGAAACAAAUCAUUUGAAAUAGGUAUACUUUUAAUUUUAAUUUUUUUUCGCACUUAAAAAUAGAUGCUACUGAGUAUACAACAACUUAUUUAAUAUAUCGUAUCAAACCUACUCAAAAAUAUUUUGCAAAUAAUUUAGCGACCAAAAAUAUUGCAUUUGUAAAGAAGAGAUAAUAUAUUUUGCAAAACCUUAUUAAAAGCCUAUUACAUAGAUUGAUACAUUUAAUUCAUUUAGGAAGUAGUCAAUCAAUUUUUUUUUUAUUUUUAUAUUUCUUAGAUAUAGAAACACAUUUUACUUUUUUUUUUAAUUAAUAGUUAUUAAGCGCCUUGCCUCUCUUAAAAAAAAUAUUAAAAAUAUGUUGCAAUAUAUUGAACGUAUACAGCGUUAGAUAAUUUUAUUAUUAUACCAUUAGUACGAUAUAAAUGUAUGUUAUUAUUCAUCUUAUGUUUCCAAAUAUAUAAGGGUUUUUUAACGUUAAUUUAUACUAUUAUAUAUUAUAAUAUAUUUGCUGUGUAUUGCAAUUGGUUCAAGAGUUCGAUGGACGAAGAUAAUUAAAUUUAUCAGUUAAUAUAAUAUAAAUUAU